AUGGGACUCGAAAGACGCCCAGAGGACGCUGUAGCUACCUAUACCUAUCUGACAUGGAUCGCUGCGGGACCCCAAGGCGAUCUGUGUGGGCUGUCCUUGAGCCGACUGAAACGCUUGGAAAGGCACUGCGUUGGAGGAAUCAGACGAAGAAAAGAGCCAUUAUGGAAAUGGAUGAAGCGGAAGACGUGGAUCAGCGAAUGGAUUUUGGAGACAAAAUGGAAAUUGUUUAUGGAGGUUUGGAGCGGAAUGAAGGAUGAACUUGAGAAAGAUAUAAUCGCGAUGGAUCAAAAAAUAGAGGAAAUCGAGCGGAUGGAAGUAGGAGACGAAAUAGAUCAGUCGCAAUAUGAGAAAAAGCAGCAGGAGGUCGAAAGGGGACUAGAGGAGAAGCAUGAAGCCGUGUUGGAAGCGAUUUCAAUUAUAGAAGCUAUGAACGAGGUGGAGAGACUGCGAGAAAGGGUGCGAAAAUUUAGAUUUGCCAUACAAUGUGAAACUCUUCUUGAGAAGCAUUUUGAGACGAUUCAGCAACAGGAGGUAUCGGAAAGUACAAGCCAGAACGGGGAAGACGGAGUGGAGCCGAUGCCACUUAGGUUGGGAUGGCAUCGUGAGGAGUCAUUCUCCAAAGAAUUGUAUCAUAAUCAGGAAGUUGAGGCGAAAAUGAAUCCGAAAAAUGAGGAAGUAUUUGAAAAUCAGGAGAACCAAUGUCAUAAGCAGGAAGUCGAGAAGGAAGUUAAUCCAAAAAAUGAGGAUGUGUUAGAAAAUCGCAAGAACCAAGAGGACCAGGAGGUGGACCAAGUGAACCAAGAAGUUGGUAAAAAGGCUAGACGAAGACGGAGACGUGGGAAGGAAGUGGAUCAGAAGCAAGAGGUCGAGAACGAAAUGGAUCAAAAGCAAGCAUCUGAAGAAGGAUUGCGGCUGAGGGCACUGUUGAAUCCUGAGGGCGCGGUUACUCGGGAACGUGUUUCAUACGCAGUGGACCAAGUGAACCAAGAAGUUGGUAAAAAGGCUAGACGAAGACGGAGACGUGGGAAGGAAGCGGAUCACCAGCAAGAGGUCGAGAACGAAAUAGCUCAAGAGCAAGAAUUGGGAGAAGAAAUAGUUGUGAGCCGAGAGUUUUACGUAUCCGUAAAUAAGCGCAAAGGGAGACAAGUAUCAGAUGGACCGAGAGGAGCGCUCGUAAUUCGCAUCAAAAAGCGACACAUCGAAACACAGACUGAGAAUUCCGAACGUGAUAUGAGCCUGAACGGAGCCAAGCAGCGCGGCUGUAGUAUUGCCACUGGUGCGGUCUUCACCAAAGCAAACAAUGUCUCCUUCGAGACUUAUCGAUGUCCUGCCCUUGUCUACGGAUGUCCCUCUGUGAGCUCCGUUACCACAUUGAUUACAUUUUUAACAAGUCGUAGGUAA